AUGGCCGCUCAUAACUGGGAAACUCAGGCACAGAUCUGCAGAGACAUCCUUAAUAACUCAAUCCCGAGGCAAUGGCUGCUCCCUGUCGACAAACUACCAUCUCCAGAGCGGACAAACGUGCUUGGAGUCCCCAGAGAGUCCGGAAUAUUAAGUGAGAGAGAGCUCCAAAUCACAGAGACUGAUGCGACGGGCUUGGUUGAAACCAUGGCCGAGGGUACCUGGACAGCAGAGGAGGUUACAAUCGCAUUUUUGAAAAGGGCGACCAUCGGACAUCAGCUACUGAAUUUUGCGACCGAGUUUAUGGUCGAAGAAGCUCUUUCCCGGUCCCGCGCUCUUGAUGCCCACUUCCGCAACACUGGCAAGAUUGUCGGUCCCUUGCACGGCGUUCCGAUUUCUACCAAAGAAAUGGUGUCUUUCAAGGGCCGCAUCACCCACACGGGCUAUGUCUCUUGGACAUCUAAUGUGGCGUCGCAGGAUGCUUUGAUCGUGAAUAUUUUACGUAAGGCAGGAGCAGUAUUUCAUGUACGAACAAACCUGCCACAAACGUGUAUGCACUUGGACUGUGAAAACAAGAUCACUGGUCGUACACACAAUCCUCAUAACAUCCGACUCUCUCCUGGCGGCUCCUCUGGCGGAGAAUCUGCAUCCAUAGGGUUCCGUUGCGCAGCUAUUGGAAUUGGAAGUGACAUCGGUGGUUCCAUCCGUCUCCCUGCUGCUUUCUGUGGCAGCUACGGCAUUCGACCAACAACACUCCGAGUUCCAUGGAACGGUGUCGGGCUCGCAGGAAAUGGACAGGAGGGAAUUCUCUGCACGUUGGGACCAAUUACUAACUCGUUACGCGACUUGGAUCUGUUUAUGAAAUCCGUUACAGACGGCAAGCCAUGGGAAGAGGAGACCGCCCUAGUACCUCUGCCUUGGAAAGAACUCAUCCCGACAAUGGAAUUUACCGUCGGUAUACUCUGGGAUGAUAUGGUGGUACAUCCACAUCCACCUAUCCAGCGCGCCAUGAAAAUCGCCGUGGCAAAGAUGAAGGCUGCUGGGGUUCAGAUGAAAGAUUGGCAACCAUACAAGCAUAAGCAUGGCAUGCGAAUCAUCAACGACCUAUUUUAUCCUGAUGGUGCAUCUGUCCAGACUGGAGCCCUCGAAGCUUCAGGAGAGCCGUGGCUUCCUCUCACGAAAGAAGCAUUUGUUCGAGCUCGUAAAAUGACCGUGUCGGAGACAUGGGCAGUCAAUCUGGAGCGGGAAGCCUAUCGAACUGAACACCGGUUGUUGAUGAAGGAGCGCGGCAUCAAUUUUAUUCUCUGUCCAGCAUAUGUCGGCGUUGCUGCCGAGCCUAACGAGGCACGCUACUCUAGCUACACGGCCAUAUGGAAUGUUCUGGAAAUGCCCGGUGUUGUGUUCCCAACGGGCCUGAAAGUAGACCCAGAGCUAGACGUCGUGGAAAGCGGUUACCGGCCACGGAGCGCCGAAGACGAGGCCGAGUAUAAACCAUAUUUGCCAGUGAAGUUUGUUGAUGCACCGAUCGGUCUCCAGUUGGUGGGGAACCGCUUUUGCGACGAAGAAAUCGUCGCUGUAUCAAAGGUCCUGGAAGGAAUUAUCCGGUCAUGA